AUGGAAAAUAUUGUAGUUACAAAUAAUGAAUUGUUGGAAGAAAUAAGAAAAGUAAACAGCGAUCUAAAGAAUUUGAUUAGUGCUUCAGAAAAACUAAAAAAUUUAAAAGGAACAAGUAUAAAUAUUGCGCAAGAUCUUACAAGAGAGCAACAGGAAGAACAUAAAAUACUCCGCAAACAUCUACUACUCGCUAGGCAGGACAUAAACAAUACCUGCUUUAUAAAAAAUCAUAAACUGUACAUUAACGAGGAUUCCUAUACAGCCGCAGAUCUCCAGCAAGAAUCAAAUACAGAAUUGGAAAAUAGAACCAUCAGUAGUGAUCCGGGGACACCCAUUCUUAGGCAAGAAAAAUCGAGGAUAACGAAAAAGACAAAUUUAAUAACAGAGGAAGACAAGACAGAGGAGGAACAGGUUCAAGGACUACAGACAGAACAGAAAUUAAAGGAAGGGAACAUCAAAAUCAAUCCUAAUUCUGUGUUCAAUUCAAAUACUGCAGUUGGUAAGGAAAGAAAUCACUCUGUUGCAGAAAAUAAAGCAAAUACUCCUAAUAAAAAAUUAUUUUAUAAAACAAGACAUAAUUAG